UUAAAAGUGUAGUAGUUUGCAUGUUUGAGAUGCUACUGGGAGGAAGGAGAGACAGAGGGGGCGCCAUUGUUUCCUAUGAACAGCGUUCAGAGGAGAAAGAAAAUGGCGGCCGGAAAUGAAGCCAUUUUGUGAGGCGGGGCGAAGAGACAGGGUUGCUAGGCAACCGAGCGGCUUCCAAGGCGGGAGGCCCAGCGAGGGUUUCCUUUGGGGGCCUAAUCUAGAGGCGAUGAAAUUCACAGACUACUGCCUCAGCUCCGAAGGGGCCGAAGUGGUCCUGGCCACCUCCAGCGAUGAAAAGUACCCCCCUGAGAAUAUCACGGACGGACGAUCUGAAACUUUUUGGACAACAACUGGAAUGUUUCCACAAGAAUUUAUUAUUUCUUUAAUGCAGAGAUUGCGGAUUGAAAAAACUAUGUCUAAAGAGCCAGCCGAUUUUGAGCUAUGCAUUGAAAAAGAGCUGCAAUAUAAGGAAGGAGAGCUUCAAAAUGAAGAAAUUUCUUUUCCUGAGAUGCAAGCUACGUAUUUGCGAUUCAUAAUUUUGUCCGCUUUUGAUGCUUUUGUAUCAGUUCAUAGGGUAACAGCAGAAGGAAUAGCUUGAUACUGUAUUUUAUAUAAAACUUAAAAGUUGUUUGCAACACAAUAAUAAAUUUGUAUUGAUUGCAAUAUAAGGUAUGUAAUCCAAACAUUAAAGUAUGUUUUAUAAAUGUU